AUGGCGACCCUGCCUGGUAUGACCGCCCUUGCACCUUCGGGCAAGCCACGCCGCUCCACACGCACAUCCACACGCUUCGACUACGCCGAACCGUCGCCAGAAUCGGAAGACGAAGAACACCUUGCCGAGUGCGUCCUUCAAGAGGAGCGUCGGGAAGAUGGCGUACUGUGGUAUGAGGUCAAAUGGGCUGGCACCGAUCCGAAGACCGGUUUGCACUACGAGCCCAGCUGGAUCCCGGCCGACGGAGCAAACAACGCGUUGAAGAAGGACUGGGAAAGACUGAAGAGACUCCGUAGGGCUCGAGAUGCUGCCGUAGCUCGUACUGCCCGUCAAUCUGGAGCUACCCGUCGAGCUCAAGCCGAGCGCACCGCCGAGGCCGGUCGCAUUGUGGAAGGCGUUUGGGCCGAUGAAGCUGCUCUGGAGGUCCGAGAUGGUCGCGUCGCCCACACUGCCAAUGCUCCCGCCGCCGGGGCUGCUCGUUCGGCCGCAACACUCGAAGCCUCUGAUGACGACGAAUUCACACUUGCGCGCGAGGAAGCUCAGCUGCCACAACUGCUUACGGAGUUGGCUUGA